AUGGAAAUUUUAAGGACGCGUGCUUUCCCUGUAGCUUCCUAACACGGAAACACGUCUGCCCAUUGGAAAAUUUGCUCUGUUCUCAUACACCCUCUGAUCACGCUUCUGCUCUUUAAAUAGAUUCCUCUUCUUCAUGCUACCCUACUCCAUUCGUCCAAUUCGUUACUUCAUUUUCCGGCACCGUGAGCACCGACAUCGGAAAAAAAGGCGAUUCUAUUGACGUACGUAUACUGCCCUCCGGAACAGAGAGAGCGAGAGAGAGACAGAUAGAGGAUGCGUGGGCGGCAGCGCUGGGUGGUAAUGUGGCGGAGCAUCCUUUUGGCCUUAAGGGCGGCUUGGCUGCUCGCCGGAGGAGGAAGACCUCGAUCUCGUAAUGCUCCUCUCAUCCGCAUCGCCUGCACUCCUUCCCCACACACACAUGCGGAGUCGAAUGAGAAAUUAAAAAGCUCCGGCGAGCACUCAGUAGUGGUGAUCCUCGGAGGGAACUCGUCAGCUGGAAGUGGAAGUCGGAGAGAGCUUUGGCGGAGGAUAGUUUUGGCCCUGAAGGUGAAGGUAUGUCGACUGUUCAAUGAAAGGAAAGGUUACACUCCUAUCACCAUUACCGCCCAGACCCCUGCACAAAGCCCUACGGCAGGGAUUGUAGAAAUUAGAUCCGUUCCAUCUCAAGUGUCCCUGAGUGUCCAUUCUGGCAACAUAGAGCUCCCACACGAAAACAUAGCCAGUAUCGUCAAGAAAAGGGACUUGAGUUCCCUUCGUGAACUUGGAGGUGUUCAAGGAAUCGCAGAGGCUCUCAAAACUGAUUUAAGCAAUGGACUCCCUGGUGGUAGGGAAGAUCCUGGCCUUCGAUAUGCAGCCAGCCUGCGCUGCAAAACAAAAGCUCUGGCAUGCAGCUUCUGUCACUCCCUCUUAAAAGCUUCCAACAACCUUAUCAUUGUCCUCCUGCUGCUGUCUGCGGUUCUGUCAUUGUGCUUUGGCGUCCAAGAGGAAGGCCCACAAACGGGCUGGCGCACAGGGGUCAUGAUAAUUGCCGCUGUCCUCAUAUUAUUAUUAGUUUCUUCAAUAAGGAACUUCUGGUAUGAAAAUGCACCCUGGUCACCUGAAAGGCAGAAGCUGUCAAAGGAGAAGGAAAUAGUAGUCAGCGUCUUGAGGGGGGGAUGCCAGCAGCAGAUCUCUAUAACUGAUGUUUCGGUGGGUGAAGUUGUUGUCUUAGAGAAGGGAUGUAAGGUUCCUGCUGAUGGUUUGCUCAUAUCCUCUGAUUACUUAGAAUUGGAUGAUGGAUCAAAGUGUGUUAUUAAUAAUGAAAACCCAUUUUUGUUCCAUGGUGCAAAAGUGAGUAAUGGGAAUGGUUCCAUGCUUGUGACAUCCGUGGGAUUGAACACAACUUGGGGUGAGAUGAUGAGCAAGUUAACACAUGCUCCUAACAAAACCCCCUUACAAACUCAACUUGACAAGGUGAAUGCUCGCACGCAAGUUAUUGGGCUGCUAAUCUCCAUUAUCAACCUCAUAGUAUUAUAUGUUCGCUUUAAACUAGGAAAGGAAAAUGACGAGUCUGGAAACCCAGAUUUUAAGGGAAAACUAACUCCAGUUGAGGAGUUCAUGGAAGCUGUCAAGAAUCUUAUGAAACAAAAAGUCAAUUUUAACUUCUUGACAACAUCUCUUAUCAUGUUGGUUGUAGGGAUAGUGGAAGGAUUUCCUUUCAUCAUUAUGGUUGCCAUCACUUACUGGAACAAGAAAAUGUCCAAUAAGGCCUUUGCUCAGCACCCAUUAGCUUGUGUCGACAUGGGUUCCGUUACAACCAUCUGCACUGAUAGGCUAACAUCACACCCACCAGAAGUUGAUACGUGCUACAUUGGUGAAGAAUAUAUCAUGGAAGACUCGGACUCUGCAAAACUUGCUAACGUUGGUGAAGCUCUGCGAAAUGGAAUCAGCACACCCAUUUUAUCCCCCCAGAGCCCUCGUUGCUCAACAAAGGACCCGCUCUGUACCUGGGCCAGAAAGAAUUUGGGCAUGGAUAUGGAGAUUUUGGAGCAGGAACAGGAGAUCCUUGAGGCUAAAGAAUUGAACUCUAAUGAAGAAGGGAGUGGGGUUUGUGUGAGGAUGAAAAAAGAUGACAAAACCAACAUCUUCUCACAUUGGAAAGGACCUGCAAAAACAAUAUUGGCUAUGUGCUCACACUAUUAUGAUAGUGCAGGAGAAACAAAUGAGAUGGAUGAGGACAAAAGGAUGGCAUUUGAGGAAGCCAUUGGGCAUAUGCAAUCCAAACAUCUCAAAACUGUCGCAUACGCAUUCAAGCAAAUUGAUAUCCCAAAACUCGAAGGGAAUAAUUUAAUCUUGAUAGGACUGGUGGGCCUGAGAGACACAUAUUGGCCAGAAGUCAGAAAAGCAAUGGAAGCUUGUAGAACCAGUGGAGUUGACAUCAUACUGAUCUCAGAGGACAAUGUAGCGGCAUUAGAAGCCACAGCACAAAAUGCUGGAAUCCUUGGGCCUAACUCAUAUGCGAGGGUGCUUAAAGGUGAAAACUUUCGAAACUGCACUAAUGAAGAGCGGUUGAAUAUGGUAAAUCAAAUCUCUGUGAUUGGGAACUCCAACCCUCAUGACAGACUCCUUCUGGUGGAGUGUUUGAAACAGAAAGGCCAUAUAGUUGCAGUAAUUGGUUUCGGAACAAAUGAGACUCCAGCACUAAAAGAAGCUGAUGUGGGGCUUGCAAUUAGGACUUUGAGCACUGAGACGGUGGUGGAAAUUUCUGACAUCGUCCUAUACAAUGGCGAUUUCAGUUUUUUGCCCACCAUUUUGCAGGGUGGAAGAUGUCUAUAUGGAAACAUUAGGAAGUUUAUUCAACUUGAGCUUAUUAUGAUCAUUGCAGGGAUGUUGACCAACCCUGUUGUCAUAUUAUCCCUGGGGGACUUGCCAAUGACAUCAAUUCAAUUUUUGUAUGCAAACCUGGUUGUGCCCGUUUUAGGUGGCUUCGCUCUUUUGACGGAGCCACCAACAGAAGAACAAAUGAAAAAGGGACCUAUAUGUCUGAGUGAACCGCUUAUAAGCAAGAUGAUGUUGAGAAACAUAGCCAUCCAAGCUUUAUCUCAGGCUGCCAUUUUAGUGACCUUUCAAUGCAAAGGACAGGCUAUGCUGAGUAUCAAUCAGAAAGUAAAACAAAUAAUGAUCUUCAAUAUUUUUGUUCUCUAUCAGGUUUUCAAUAUGUUCAAUGCAAGAGAGCUGGAGAAGAAGAACAUUUUUAAAGGUAUGCAUCAGAACCACUGGUUAUGGGUUGGUGUUUUCACCAUUGUAGCAUUUCAGCUGGCAUUUAUCGAGAUAGCACAUAGAGUUGCAGGUAAUGCAACAUUGAAUUGUAAGCAAUGGAUCAUCUGCUUUCUGAUAAGCAUGGUUUCCAUGGUGAUGGAUUGUGCUGGGAAGUUCACAUGGGGCUUCAUCAGCGACCACUUAAUGAUACCCUCUACUCCCUCAGAGUCGGUUUUCGAUCUUGAACUUCAAAAAUCAGUUUCUAAUCUUGCACUUCCAGAAUCAGUUUCUAAUAUUGAACUUUGUCAAACCUCCACUCAUCGACGGCCAACCCAUAGGAUCCCAUCAUAAUUUGUGGUUCAGAAUAACUAGUCAUAUCUUAGUUUGUGGUUCAGAAUAUACUAGUUAUAUCUGUAGACAAAGUUGCUAUUGCAAUAAAUUUAAGAAUACAUAGCUGUAAAUGUAAUAAUUUGUAGUUGGCUCGAUUAUGGCUUCUAUUGUUGGAGAAGUCUUUAAAACUUUUCUCCAGCAUUUUCUUUGAAUUUAGAUUUUGAAUUUUAAAUAGCUCUUCUUUAUACACAACACUCUAGAUAUGCACUAAUUAUUAUGAAUAAGACAAUGCUAAUUACUGGAAA